AUGAUCCUCUUUCACAGCUUGUGCCAUUUAUUGUGCUUUCUGGACCGGGAGGGGCAUCGACUGGCCGAAGGUCAGAUAAUUGCGGCUUACUGCUCGCUGUCACAACGUUGCUUAGCCUCAACGGCUGUCGAGGAUGAAUGGAUGGCUGGACGUCGGACGGGCGUCGCCGAUCGACCCCGCAAGUCUGUUGUUGGGUUUGCACCACCCUCACCCUCACCCGUCAGCACAUAA